AUGAGGCCUAUUUCAUCAUCAAUCAAAUACUUUACGAAUUCUCCUCAGAUGAUACUGAUUCCCGCAGUGGGAAAUGCUACGAGUAAAGAGGCAAGAAGGAAAGAGUUUCUCUCCGGUAAGGCCAGGGAUCUCUACGUCGAAGGCUACAAGAAGGCUCUCCAAACAAAGUACACUAACAUCACAAGCAAUGUUCCAACAAUACCACACACGCUCAAGACCUCGCUUAACCCAGCUUUGUCUCGCCUGAACCCGAUCAUCCUAGGUGAGAUUACGGAUGCGAUUCGAACGGAAUUUCCUCAGUCUGCGAAUUGGUCGGAAGUUAGGAUCAGUAGCAAAUUGGUUCGCAUAGUCGCCAAAACAUCGGGCCGAAUCUUCGUUGGGCCCGAUCUCUGUAGAGACGAAGUUUAUCUCGAUGCCGCCGUCAAUUACACUCUUGACAUGACAGCUGCUAUCCAAGCUGUGGGGUUCAUCUCGCCUUGGCUACGACCAUUUUUGGCCUUGCGAGCGCCACAGGUCAAGAAAUUGCACCAUCGCUUCCAGCAAGCAGACGAUUUCCUUCGGCCGGUGGUAACAGCUCGCCGUCAGGCUGCACACAAUGAUCUGGAUGAGAAGAAAAAACCAGACGAUAUGUUGCAAUGGCUGAUGGACUCUCAGGAUAAGUUUGGUCAACAGAGUGACCGCGCGAUCUCCAAAUAUCAGUUGAGCUUGACCUUUGCUGCGAUUCAUACGACAACGGCAGCACUGACUAACGCUUUCUACAACCUUGUGGCAAUACCAAAUUUGGUAUCGACCCUGCGGGAAGAAGUCGAAGAGAUUCUUGCCAGCACACACGGCAUGAUCACCGCUACCGCAGUACAAAGAAUGGUGAAGUUGGACAGCUUUUUGAAGGAAAUUAUGAGAUACUACCCUCAAAGUGCCAUCGUUCCUGCGGGUGUCAUUCUCGAAGUUCCAUCUCAUGCGAUCAACUAUGAUGAGACUAUACACACAAAUCCCGAGACUUUCGACGCAUUUAGGUUUUACAAAAUUCGAAUGGAGAAGGAGGCCGCAUUGAGAGGCAAGAUGUCUUCUGAGGAGGCAUUUACGGAGGCGGCAACAAGCAACCAAUUCGCUAGUGUUGGCGACACAAGUCUGGCGUUCGGAUAUGGAAGGAAUGCUUGCCCGGGAAGGUUCUUUGCGGCGAACGAGAUGAAGAUGAUUCUCGCGACCACUCUGUUGAAGUACGACUUGAAGAUGCCUGAUGGUUGCCCCGAGAGAUACAAGAACCUCAGCUUCGGAUCACAGUCGGUUCCCGAUCCUGCCAAGAGCAUCAUGAUGAAGUUGCGAAAAUAG